UGCUACCGCGAAAUCUUCUAAUCGCUUCACUGGCUAUGUUGUUGACAGCUACUGGUUCAGCUGCGCCUAUGGAAGAGAAAGAGAGAGAAGAGAUUGAGGCAGUGGAGGAAGGAGAAGAAGAGCUCUCCGAGGAGGAGGAGGGAGGCACCAUCCUCCACACCAGCACGCUGCCCAAAGGUCUGGCUUCCAUUGGUCCUUUCUUCUCACAUGGAUCAAACGGUGGAGCUGAGCGGACCACAGCAGCUAUCUCUUCAGAUGGAAGAGAAGGCAAUCCUGAUGUGUCAGUCAUCAGUUCUCCAGCGGUUGCUGGUCUUCCAGUGGAUUCUGCAGGAUCAUCAGGGGGUAGCCCAGGUGUCCAGAGUCAGCAGAAGUUGGAACCUUCAGGUGAACUGACCGCGGCUGGCUCCUCAUCCCAGUCUGAACUGACAGGUUAUGAUGCACCUGAAACAGAGAUCAAUGGUAACGGACAGAAGCUGUUGAAUGUGGGUGGAGCUCAUGACCAGACAGGAGUCCUGGAGCCUUUGGGGGGAGUAAUUUCUCACCUGGACUAUACAGGAGUCAGUGACCAGUCAAAUCAUGACUUCCUCCUUGGUCUCAUGGGUGGAGUCGAUCCGUUUGGAAAAGAUGUCCAUGCUCACAUUACAGAGCACAAAGGGGUGCCUUCUCACCUAGAUCCCACAGUAAAGAGUUUAGUUCCUGGACUCGAGUUGGCUUCUUCAGACCUUGUUUUGAUUCCAGGGCAUCUGUUGAGUAGCAGCACAGAUCCAGACUCAACUCCAGAGCCAGCAGGUCCAGCACAUCACACUGACCUCAGCUCCAGCCAUUCAGGACUGGAUCAGACCUUUCUAAGCUCAGGACCUGACCAGUCAUCUCUCAGUUCUGUCUCAGGGUUCAGCCCAGCUCCAUCCUCUUCAGCAGGACAAGCAGCCAUCAGAGAACAUCACACCCCCAGCCCUUACCCCGAUGUUACAGCUUUGUGGCCUGGACUGAGGCGUGAUGUCACAGGAGCUGAAGACUCGUCUCAUGUCCUGCUCCAUACCGAGUCUCCAGACCACAGCAGCUUCACACACAGCCUCACGCUGCACUCAGAGCAGCUGAAGUUUCCCCCUGCAGGCUUUGACAUGGUCAAACAGAUGUGUGAUGAUCUGCUGCCUUCCCUGAAGCUGAACAUUCAGCACACUGAGCAGGUCUGUGAUGUCCACCAGAAAAGCCAGGUCAGAGAGCCGUUUCUCAUCGAGGGUACUUGA